AUGUAUGCAUUACUUUACGAUGAAGCAAAGAUCGCUUCUAGAAAAAUCGUUUUGGAUUCUCAUAUUUCUCGUUAUGAUAUCAAUAACGUUUGGAUGCCUGAGCGUUAUGCAAACUUGAAAGGAAAUCAAUUUGAAGGGGUAGAAUUUAGGCAAUAUCCUAUAUUGGUUGUGAAUGAUGAGGAUAAUCUCAAACUAUAUAGGGAUGUAAUGGCAUGCUCUACAAAUACGUAUUUUCAUAGUUUAGAACAAAGUUUAAAAGAAUAUAUUGACUACGAUCUGAUAAAGAAUCUUUUGCAUGAUUGUGGAAUUAGCUGUUCUGAAAUAUUUCAGUCUGAUGGUAAAUGGCAGAAUACUACGUUGAAGAAUGUUUGCCAAUAUAUUCAACCAACAGUACUUGGCAUAUUUGGGUUAUGUUUUACAAUUAACAUGAUGCCAUUAAGUCAAAUGUUUAACGAUGAAUAUUAUCAGAGGUAA